AUGAAACGUCAGAUAAAUUCAACAACAGUUAAACGUGUAGCAAAAAGAGCUGCAUCUGAUGAACUUGGAGCUGAAGCAAAAAAGGUUAUGGUUGACCAUCACGCACACGAAAAACAAGCUUCAAGUAUUGUUCCAAAAUCUUUUGAUCAACCAAAAUUUGUUUGUGCAACGAUGAUGGCUAGUAGUGCUCGUAUAAACGUUCAAAUAAUACCUGAAAUAUCAGAUGAGGAAUUACUUGCGCAUACAAUCGAAUUCGAGAAGAAAAAUCCUCAAUAA